CGCCGCGACUCGCGACGCCCCCUCCCCCAUCGCGGUGCUCCGCAGCCCGCUCCGCGAUGGGAGCCACGGCGGUUGCGGCGCACGGCCCGCGCUCCUCCCUCGCCUCCUCCUCUUUCUCCUCCUCCUCAGGGCUCCAGUCAGGCCGAGCCGCUCCGCUCACGAAAGGCAAAUUGUGAUAACUUGCUGCCUUUUGUGGUCACAUGGUGACAACUUAUAGAACGUCAGAUCUGCAACUUGAUGGGUGACAGUUCCUCUCAACAGAAAGAUAAUUUAAAAAUGGCAGAACUCUUUAUGGAAUGUGAAGAAGAGGAACUAGAACCAUGGCAGAAGAAAGUGAAAGAAGUUGAAGAGGAUGAUGAUGAUGAUGAUGAGCCCAUCUUUGUUGCAGAGAUAGCAAGUUCAAAACCAGCAAUUUCAAAUAUUUUGAACAGAGUUAACCCCAGCUCACAUUCACGAGGAAUAAAGAAUGGUGCACUUAACCGAGGUUUUACUACUUCAUUCAAGCCUACAAGUCAACGCUUCUCAAAUCCAGCAUCAAAUCCUGUGGCUGCCUUGCCAGUAAAUUUUCAUCCUGAAUCUAGAUCUGCAGAUAGCUCUGUUAUUGUUCAACCAUUUUCUAAACCUGGUUAUAUAACAAACUCUCCACGAGUUGUGUCUAACAACUCUUCAGAGUUAGUGUUUGAUCUGACCCAGGAUACAGGAUUAUCACAUUACCAAGCGGGACCGUCAGUUUCUAUUGCAGGUUUGAAUGAAAGUUCAUUUUCAUCAAAACGUCCUGGUUCUGACAUAAGCAGUGUUAACCCAAAAAAGCCUAAACCCAGUGACAAUAUUUCUGGAGCAGAUGCCUCUUCUAUAGUCUCUUUAGAAAAGCCUCCAUCAGUGAUGUCUCUGCAGGUGACACCAUCACAAGGUGCAAAUUGCUCAUCAAAUCAAUCUAAAAAUGGAACAACUUUUCCAAGAGCAUGUCCUAAGUGUAAUAUUCACUUCAAUCUUUUGGAUCCUCUGAAAAAUCACAUGACGUAUUGUUGUCCAGACAUGAUAAAUAACUUUUUGGGAUUGACUAAAAUAGAAAUUUCAAAUACAACAAAUGACACUAAAGCUCUUGAUUCAGAGAAAGGAAAAUUGAUCAUGUUAGUUAAUGACUUUUAUUAUGGAAAACAUGAAGGAGAUGUCCAAGAAGAACUGAAGACUCACACAACCUUUAAAUGCUUCAGUUGUUUGAAAGUUCUCAAAAAUAAUAUUAGGUUUAUGAACCACAUGAAACACCAUUUGGAACUUGAGAAGCAGAGCAGCGAGAGCUGGGAGAAGCACACCACUUGCCAGCACUGCUACCGCCAGUUUCCCACGCCCUUCCAGCUGCAGUGCCACAUCGAGAGCACACACACGCUUCAUGAGUUUUCUACCAUUUGUAAAAUCUGUGAGCUAUCGUUUGAAACUGAACAGAUUCUUUUACAACAUAUGAAGGAUAAUCAUAAACCUGGUGAAAUGCCGUAUAUCUGCCAGGUUUGCAAUUAUAGAUCAUCAUUAUUUUCUGAUGUAGAAUCUCAUUUUAGAACAUCGCAUGAAAACACUAAGAAUUUGCUAUGUCCAUUUUGCCUUAAAGUUAUUAAAAUUGCCACACCCUAUAUGCAUCAUUACAUGAAGCAUCAGAAAAAGGGAAUACAUCGUUGUACCAAAUGCAGAUUGCAGUUUUUGACAUGCAAGGAAAAAAUGGAUCACAAGACUCAACACCAUCGAACAUUUGUAAAACCCAAGCAGCUAGAAGGACUGCCUCCUGGAACAAAAGUUACUAUUCGAGCUUCAGUUGGACCUCUUCAACCAGGAUCUUCAGCUAUACCUUCCAUCAGCGCAAGCACUUCUACCCUCCAGCUCUCACCUCCAAGGACUGAAAAUACAACUUCUAAAAAUCCCACUAAAUUGAAUACAAGUACACCGAAUACAACCGUACCUGAUCCCAGUCAACCUAAUGAAAGCAAGUCUAAUGGAAAUAAAUCUAAAAUCAGGUCAAAAGUCUGUACUACUCAGAAGAAACAAAGCACACUCGCUAAUAGUAAUAAGAAAAGUAAGGUGAACACGGCAUUGAGGAACCUAAGGUUACGUCGAGGUGUUCACGAGUGUAUUGAGUGUUGUUCUGAAAUAAAAGAUUUUGCAAACCAUUUUCCUACAUAUGUCCACUGUAGUUUUUGCAGAUACAACACUAGCUGUAGCAAAGCCUAUGUAAAUCAUAUGAUGAGCUUUCAUAGUAACCGUCCAAGUAAAAGGUUUUGUAUAUUUAAGAAGCAUUCGGAAAAUCUCAGGGGCAUUUCUCUAGUGUGCCUUAAUUGUGAUUUCCUAACUGAUGUUUCUGGCUUAGAUAAUAUGGCCACACACUUAAGUCAACAUGAAACUCAUACUUGUCAAGUUUUAAUAGAGAAAGUUUCUGUUUGUAUCCCAACUUCUGAACGCCUUUCUGAAUUAAAAACUGAAGCUCCCACUAAGGGACAAGAAUCUGUGUCUAAGGAAACAGCAAGACAUAAUACAGCUGAAGGAGAAACAGGAACAUCACAUUCUGAAGGUAAGCAGGAUAAAGCUCCUUCAUCAGAAGAAGACGUUGGGCGUGAUGCAAGUGUAUGUGAAGCUGCAGCAGUAGUAGACUGUACAGGAAACGAAACAGUUUCAGAUACAGAACAGGAAAGCAGUUCAAAGAAUAUCUUCAGUCACGAUUCAGAUGCUGGAACAGAUAAUAUGGAAAAGGAAGAACAGACACAGCACACCUGUGAGGAAAUGGAGCCGAAGGCACACCAGAGUUCAGAAAACACAGAUUCAUGUAAUCAGAGUGAGGAGCAUGACUCCCCUGCAGCUGAGUUUUCUUCAGAGUCUGCACAGGAUUUGCAGUUAGUGUCAGGGGGUGUUGGCAUUGAUCAGUUUCUACGGCAAAGAGACGAACCUGAAACUGUGAGUUCUGAUGCUAGUGAGCAAGGCAGUGUUCGUUUGGAACCUUUAACUCCAUCGGAGGUACUUGAGUAUGAAGCCACGGAGAUUCUUCAUAAGGGGGAUGGUUCUUCAGCCAGUAUCAAUGACACGAUGUCUGAUCAAACGGGUGACAGUCCUGGAGGAAGUAGAGCAGAGACAGCAGUAGACCUGGAAGAUGGAAAGAAAGAAGCUGAAGCAAUAUAGUCAUUCCAAGUUUAGUUCCCAGCAGAAAGCACUUAGAGCAGUGCUGUCCGGUGAGCACGGUAGUGCCGUGGCAGAGGUCAGCAGUGAGAGAUCUGAGGGAGGUCCUUCAUACACUUCACCUGUAUGUUCUAUCUUGUUAAGUCAGUUUGCCAGUAAUAGCAUGGUUAGUAUGAAUUUCCAACUUUUUAAAAACCUGAGCAGAACUUUAGUGAAAACUAAGUUUGCCAUCCAAAGGUCUCUUAGCACUUUUUAAGAAAUCUUGUUCACCAAUAUGAAAUUAUUAUAAGAAUAUUAGUUAUGUUAAUCAGACUUUUCAAACUUUCAUUAGUCCUGAACUUAAAAUUCUUAUCACCUGUAUAUUCCUUUUAAUAAACUUAAAGGAAGAGAUUUGAAACCAUACAUUUUUUGGAAAUACUUUUAAACCACCUAUCAAUUGUUACUGUUAAUGAAGGCUUUAUUUUUUAAUGUGAUCCUGGUAAUGAAGCAUGCCUAGAGUGCUAAACUGACCUGUUGAGAAUUUGGAUGAAUAUAAACUUAAGUUUGGAUUUAAUAUAACAUUCCAGUCUGUCAGAAGCAUGCAAACAGAAUUUUAGGAACUGUGCACCUCCAUACAAGUAUUAGCCUGCCAGGCUGUCAGCUUACCUUUAUAAAACUUUCAGUGAAAGUGAACUUAUAAAAAUAAAGUUUAUAUUUGUGCUUUUAGUCAGUGUAUAAGCUCUGCAGAACCCUACCUUGCCCCCUGGGCUAGUUGUAUAAAGUAGAAAUUUGUUAUUGAAACUCUUGUAGCUAUUAUGCUUUUAAUAUCGUUUCAAUGAUUUUUGGCAGUAGACCCAUAAAAUGGCCUGGAAGCCAAACCAAAGUAUGGUGUAUGGUGUAGGAGAAAGCAUUGAACUGAAAACAUGCCUUGGCAUGCACUCCUUAAUUUUAAAAGUAGAAAUUCAAAUGCGAUCCUAAAGCAGAUUUAAAAAAAAAAAUUGGAUGCGGAAAUUAGCCUGAUUUUUCCCUAAGUCAGCUACUAAAUUGAUUUUUAAGAUAUAGAAAUGAAUACAGCAAACAAUAAUUUGCUUUGACGUACUAAUAAAUUUUUAUUUUAAAUGCUGCAUUUUUACUUCUUAAAAUGUGCUUUGAAUUCUUAAACUGUUUCACUGAAUGUUUAAUGUUUUCAACGCCUGUUAGAAUUCUGUUGUAUAUAGUAGUUUUUUGAAUAAGUAUUUACAAUAAAAACCUGUCUUUGGAUAAUUUUAUUUUCAGAUCCCUGCUUGGUCAGCCUGUGUUUGGUGCUGUUACGCGCGUCACAUGCGGUAGUCCUUUGUACAGCAGGCUCCACUCCAUGUGCUGUCCUGACACACAGUGAGAACUGAAAACACAAGGGAUGCACUGCUA